AAACUAAGCCGGUGUGUAGAGGAUGAUGGGCGGACUGGCCAGCGUGCACGUUGGAAGCUCCGCCCGUUGGCCGUGCGUCUCCUCCGUCCUCAUUCAAAACAGAACACAGCUGUUGCGAGGCGCAUCGUCGUGUCCUGAGCGUUAGCCCAAAACCUGUUAGCCGUCGGCUGCUGUCUUCUGUUGGCCUCUGAUGUACCCACUGGAAUAUCAGAAGAAGAAAGAAGAAAACGGCGCACUUCGGCAGCAGGAGCCAGCCUCAGAGAAAGACAGGACUUGAUAGACAAAGACAGCAAUACAGAACAACAGGCUAACCUCACGUCCAACACUAUGCGCAUCUGACACACAACUGAGGGCCGGGCGGGCUUUGCUGCAGCUGAGGAUGAUGAAUGGUCUCCUGUGCUAGAGCUAGAUGGUGUGGGAAUGAUGGACCUCCCUAAUGGUCAAUCAAGCAUCAUCACCACCACCGCUGCAACAGUCUCUGAGAAGAGUAGCAGCUCAGAAUCUCUCAGUGAUAAGGGUUCUUCGGACCUGAAGAAGAGUUUUGAUGCUGUUGUGUUUGAUGUGCUGAAGGUCACCCCUGAAGAAUAUGCAGGCCAGAUUACGCUCAUGGAUGCUCCUGUGUUCAAAGCCAUCCAGCCAGAGGAGCUGUCAAGCUGUGGCUGGAACAAGAAGGAGAAGCACAGCUCUGCUCCAAAUGUUGUGGCCUUCACUCGCAGGUUCAACCAGACAAGUUUCUGGGUGGUACGAGAGAUCCUUCAUGCACAGACGUUGAAGAUCAGAGCGGAGGUGCUGAGUCUGUACAUUCGCACUGCCAAGAAACUGUGUGACAUGAACAACCUCCAUGCGGUCAUGGCUGUUGUGUCAACGUUACAAAGUGCUCCCAUCUUCAGACUUACCAAAACAUGGGCUUUGCUGAGUCGGAAGGACAAAGCAACAUUUGAUCGGCUCGACUACCUGAUGUCCAAAGAAGACAACUAUAAACGACUGAGAGACUUCAUAAGCAGCCAGAGCAUGGUCUCGUGUAUUCCAUACCUAGGGAUGUACCUGUCUGAUCUGACAUAUAUAGACUCAGCCUAUCCCUCCACAGGCAGCAUACUGGAGAACGAACAGAGAUCAAAUCUGAUGAAUAACAUUCUCAGAAUCAUAUCGGACCUGCAGAGGUCCUGCACCUAUGAUAUACCGGUGUUGCCUCAUGUACAGAAGUAUCUCAACUCAGUCAGGUAUAUCGAGGAGCUGCAGAAGUUUGUAGAGGACGACAAUUACAAGUUGUCACAGAAGAUUGAGCCAGGCACCAGCACACCACGAGCAAACGCCUCCAAAGAGGAUCUUGUUGGCCAGGAAGCGUCAGCAUCUCCUCUCUGCGGCCGUAAAUGUACGGUAGCAGCUGAAGGAACCAAAGUCCCGGCUACACCUCCCUCCCCCAGGAACCUGCUGCCCUAUGGACACAGGAAGUGUCACAGCCUGGGCUACAAUUUCAUCCAUAAGAUGAAUACAGUAGAGUUUAAAAGUGCUACGUUCCCUAACGCUGGUUCUCGCCAUCUGUUGGACGACAGUGUGAUGGAGAGCCACAGUCCCACCAGGGGACAAGCAGAGAGCUCAACUCUGUCCAGUGGUAUUUCACUUGGGAGCAGCGAGGGCUCUGAGCUCAGUGAAGAGGUGUCUUGGCCAGCGUUUGAGAGGACUCGGUUCUAUCACUCUCUGGGCCCAGUGACCCGUGUGGCCCGCAUCCCCUACAGAGGAGUCCUGAGGCCCAGCAGCUCAGCGGAGUCAGAGGAGCUUGCAGUUCACUUGUAUCCCGGAGCAGUCACAGUGCAGGGGGUGCUGAGGCGGAAGACUGUGCUCAAAGAGGGCAAGAAACCAACAGUGGCAUCAUGGACCAAAUACUGGGUUGCUCUUUGCGGAGCCCAGCUCUACUACUACCCUGCCAAGUCCCUGAAGGCCACUGAGAGGAAACAUUUCAAGUCGACGUCCAGUAAGACCGUGUGUGUGGUGGGUCUAAUGGCCAUGAUGGCUGACGAUCCCGAGCAUCCUGAUGUCUUCUUGCUGACAGACUCUGAGCACGGUAACACCUACAAGUACCAGGCAGGAAACAGAAUGAACGCUUUGCUCUGGUUCAAACAUCUGAGUGCUGCCUGUCAGAGCAAUAGGCAACAGGUGCCAGCCAAUCUGAUGUCAUUCGAGUGACCGAUGCUGAGGAGAGUGACUGAGCAAAGGAGAGAGGGAUGAGGACACAGACGAGGAGGAUGAGGAGGAGUAUUGACUCAGUAGUGGGAGCUUUCACUGCCAUGAGCCCUGACCGCUGAUUCUCCGAUUCUAUCCCCGGCCUCACUGCAGCCUCAUCUGCCACCACUGCCUUAACCAGUACCCUGUGUGUGUGUGUGUGUGUGUGUGUGUGUGAGUGAGAGAGAAUUCGAGUCUGUGUGUGGAUGGAAGUGACUGUUUUGGAUGUACUGACUACUGAACAAGGACCUGCACCACUGCUCUUGUCUCCCAUUUGCUCUCAGUGUCUUGUUUUUACUGUUCAGCACUUCAGUGGAGCCAUUCGACUUCUCCUCUCCUCUCUCGCAGGCAGACUGUCCUUGGAUGGCCAGAAAUAACCCUCUCCUCUGUGUUUUUUUUUUUUUUUUUUUUUUUAGGGGUUAACUAUUUUUAUUUGUUCCCCCGCCAUGCUCGAACGCAGGCUUCCUGCCUUUUAAUCGGCUGGACACACAAUCACAACACACACACUCACAUCGGACUAACCCAUUGGACUUUGGAAAGUUUGAAAACACUUUUUUUACUUACUCGGUUCACACUUUCAAUUGUUGGUCUCUUCAUUCACUUGAGUUGGCUUGGAGUCACAGAAUUAUUUGCAUGAACCACACACUCUCUCUCUCUCACACACACACACACACACACACAGGCCUAUUUGAUCGCAUUGUCGUAAACGUAAGGGCUCUGAUUCGCAAUCGAUUCCAGCAGGAACAAUUCCCACACUUCCUGAAUGUGUCUAGUUUUAUUACAGAACUUAGCCCCCCCCACCCCCGCCUUUUCUGUCAUAUACUCACUAAGUGUUCUGUACGUAUGUGUGCGUGUUUGUAUAACUGCAUUGGGUGAGGAGGGGUGGGGGUGGGAGGGCAAAUAUUUGCUUAAAUGACAGGAAUCUUGUCUGUGUUCCACAUAGGUACGAUAAUCCCAGAAUCUAAGCUAAGACGUGUUCACGGUUGGGUAGACAAGAGUUACUCCUUUUACAAACCUGUAUUUUUGUGUUCUCCAGUGUUGUCUGCUCACUGUCGGCUGCCGUCAGCUCAGAAAAAAUGACGCUUGGUUCACCAGACUCACACACAUACUAAACACUAAAGAUAUGAAACUGUGAAAGAGUCCAAGAGAGAGAGCAGCAAGAACUCAUAAUAUACGAUUUUCUCUCCACUUCUUGUUGCUUAAUAUGGUUAGAGCCUCUGGUCUGGAGCAGACAUUCAAAGCUACCUGGAGCCAUACAGAGUCUAUUUUAAAUCUUGUUUGUUUAUAUUGUUUGUUAGCUGUUUUUUUUUUUUUUUUCCUUUUAUGGGAGGGAUGGUGCAGUUCACAGUAUUGCCAUGUAGUAGAUGAUUGCACGUCAAUGUAGUUUUGUCUGUUACAUUUGAAUGUUACAUUUUUGUGUUGUUCUCCCUUUUUGGAACAUUUAUUUUGAAUAUUUUAUGUAUAUGUGAAUUUUCUAUUUUUCUUUUUUUGCCCCUCCAGGACCCUACUCAGUUUUAGGCCCUAACCGUAUUACAUCUGAUUUGCAAUAGCAUCAAGCACCUUGGUUAAAAUUAGUGCCAGGUGAUGUAACGUCACUGUUUUUCUUCAGGUUAGCGAAACGUUAGGAAGGAUGGAGCUGCAGUGGAAGCAGAUGCACUGGCAUGUUUCAGUGGGAAAAACCUGGGAUUUACAGUUCCCACUGUGCAUCACAGAUGUUUCAGGGUGCCACAAAUAGACUAUUGCUGUUUUGUUUUUGUUGGGAGCAAAUUGCAUCCAAAUGAACAAACAGGAUCGGGAUGAAUAAGAUGACAAUGAUGGGUAGCUUUUUGCCCAGUAAAAUUCAUUAAAUUCUAAUCCUCCUUUUUAAAACAUCUGUUUACAUUGUAUGUUUACACAAUCUUUUGCCCAAAAUCACAAUCCCUUCAAUGCUCCACAUGUUAUAAACCUUAGGAAAUGUAUUACAGUAUGUAGAAACAAAUGUCCCACCUAUCAAUGGGGUAUAUUAAGCUCAGAGUUCGUUUCAGUUGUUGAUAAGGGAUGAUGCAAUGGAGAGGUGAACAUAUCCAUACUCGCAGCACUGGAUCCCUUCUAAUGUGCUUCAGUCAGCCCCCUUCGAUAGUCAUUAAAACUGUCCUCAACACAAUAUACAAGUCAACUAGACAAAGACAAUUUAGUGCCCAUAAAGAGAUGUUCAGUCCUUUUGUAUGUUAACUAAAGGAGAGAUGGUAGCGGAUGAACCUGUGGAAGAAUGAAUGAGGAAGCCAAAGACAGGCGUAUGUAAAGCAGCAGUUACUGUAAGUGUGUGAGUGCAUUUGUUAGCCUGCUGUGAAUACAUCUCUAUUUUUCUAAAACAUUGUAAUUCAGGCCAGAUAGGUAGUCCCUCAAGGCUGCUGUCACCGCUGAGGAGUGGGGCUAACCAGCUCCCUAAACACCUGUGUGACUGACUGCCGGCUCAUGCCACGACUCCACACUGGCUUGUGUUGUACUGGAAGUGUGAAGAAAGGAGGACUUGCGAGCAGAUAAGAAGUGGAAGCUGUACUCAUCUCUGUCCACUUGUGGCCUGUGAAAAGAGCUUUUUGCUGCAUAAUGGAGCAGAGACGAUGUUUAGAGACAAAAUCCCAGAGCUGAAGCACUAUAGAGGUUGAUCAUUUCUGUGUUUGAAUCUGAUUGGUUGGCUGUGGACAAAGGGGGCCCGUGAAUGAAAUAAGUGAAAUGGAUGAGUUUGGGGUUGAGGGGUUUAGAGACUGUUUUACCUGUGUAUAUCUACAGAUGGCGGUCGGUUUGUCUCUUCACUUACAUGAGCUAAACCUGCUGUCAUUUGCAAUAUCCUGAGAAAUUGGUGCAGUUAAGCUAGAAUUGAUGCCGUCCCAAAAACUCUGAAGAAAGGACUGUAAACAGAAGUAGCUGCGAUGUAAACAAACUCAAUAUAGAUAGUCAACAUCGCCAUCACAUUUCCCUUCUUUCUAUUUGCUUUAUCUGAUGUUAAUUGAGAACAAAGAAAGAAAAAGACAAAUGAAACGAAUGUGGAUUCCUGAGUUUUCGACCUAACCAGACUUUUUGGGAGCAUCUUGGAAGGUUUAUUUGAAUUAAUUUGGGUUUAACAAUCUUUCCCUCGAGGAAAAACCCAGAUCAUGUUGAGGGCUUUUUGUGAGGUAUUCCUCACUGUAACCUGAGUUUACAUGAUUUUCAUUUUUAUUAUCAUUUCUGUACAGUGUAUGGUCAAAACAGUGGAAACACAUGUUUCAUUUGGGGAUGUUUUGUGGUUUUAGUCGACUCAUUUCUUGGAUUUCAAGGCCAUUUACUUCUAACAUAAUGACCCCAUGAUCUAUUUUGGGAUGAGAGUGGAAGAUUCAGGCUAAAUGUCAGGCGCUCCUCAUUUAAGGUUAUUACAAAGAAACUUGAUGCCAUUCUUGAAAAUUCCCCUUCCUGUGGUUCAUGUUGUUUCCUUGAAAUUGACCAUACAAAUGCACAGCUAGCUCUGUAUUAACUGUUUUGAGUGAAUCUGCCUUUUAAAUUCAUUCUUUUUAACAGUCAUGACAGUCGAGAUGAAGGGUUCAGCCAGAGGAAGUGUUUUCAGUGUGGUUAUACAAUGUGUUCGUCCUCUGAUUCAGUGGUGAACUCGAAUCAAUGUGAAUCUGUGCCACUGUGCGCUAGACAGGCAUCAUUCACUGUUUACCAAGGACAUCAACAACAACCGUCAUCCCAGUCAGGGGACGAGGGUGAUGUAUAAAUGGCCGUUGACCUUCACCCUUUACCUGGCUGUGUGUGUGUCUGUCUCUGUCUGCCCGUGUCAUGACUGUGGUGAGCGCUGUGACCUCAGUGCUGAGUGAUGCGCUGCCUGGUGUGAAGACUGAGAAUCAAUAAACACUCUGCCCUUUUUUUACUCCACA